GGAACUGAAUGAGCGCCUACGUUUUAGCGUCGAGCUAGUUUGUUACUGCUGUAGUGUACAGUCAGCUACAGUAUGUCUAGAUUUUGUGCAUUACUAAUACUUUUUCCGGUACUUUUUGAUUUGACCUUUUCUAUUACGUUUUAUUUACCGGUAAAUCUUAGAAAAUGUUUGCGAGAAGAAAUCCACAAAGACGUACUGGUCACAGGCGAAUACGAAGUUAGCGAACAACCCAAUGCGAAAACCAAUCUCAAGAUCACAGAUUCCUCAGGUCAUACCUUGUACUCCAAAGAUGAUGCGUCAAAGGGGAAGUUUGCAUUUACAACAGAGGACUAUGAUAUGUUUGAGGUUUGCUUUGAAAGCAAAUCCCCCUUUGGUACUGGGAAGGUCCCAGACCUGCUGGUCAAUUUAGACAUGAAGCAUGGUGUGGAGGCAAAGAACUAUGAAGAGAUUGCAAAAGUUGAGAAGUUGAAACCCUUAGAAGUUGAACUAAGACGCCUGGAAGACCUGUCGGAGUCCAUUGUUAAUGACUUUGCCUACAUGAAGAAAAGGGAAGAGGAAAUGAGGGACACCAAUGAGUCCACCAACACACGUGUUCUGUACUUCAGCAUCUUUUCCAUGUGCUGUCUAAUUGGGUUGGCAACAUGGCAGGUCUUCUACUUGCGACGUUUCUUCAAGGCAAAGAAGCUGAUUGAGUGAAGCCAUCUCUAAAACAAGGACCAUCAUGUUGAGGACAUUUGGGAAAUGGUAUUGGGUGACCUGUUUGUGAGAUUGGUUUUUGGAAAAGCCCCACCUUACAAUUGUAAAUUAUUUCAGUUUAAUCUUUGUUACAGCUUCAGUUUUUUGUACUAGCCCCUCAUCCGUCUGUUUUAAUUAAAAAACAAACAGAACAUAGAUCCAUUAUUUUAACAUUGUCAUGUACUAUUUUUGCUUAGAUUUUCUUGUUUCAGUAAAUACUGUUUAAAAAUACAAGUACAAGAAACAGCCCUUCAAAUGUUCAACUUUUGUUAUGCAAAACAUAUUUUCCCAGUAUGUCAGGUACAUGGUAGUGUUUUUGAUUAAAAAAUACAUUUUCAC